AUGUCGGAUGCAAAUCAACCAAGUUCCAGCUUGAGUGGGCCGAGUGAGACGAUGUCCUCUACACUCAGCGCUAGCGGUACAGCAACUAACACCUCUAAUUCCGAUUCAACCGGAGAUUCAUACAAUAUUUUUGUUGGAGCAAAGCCAUCCACUGUCCUUUUCUUUAUUGCUUUGACAGUGGGGGCUUGUAUUGCCUUACUUUUUCUGUUUUUUACCCUACGGUAUUUUGUACGUUCCCGGUUGGGCUUAUACGUACCGUCACAAUCCUACAGUAUGAGACCAACAUUUGUGGAAGGAAGAAAUGGCAAUCGUUUUGCUGUCUUUCCUUCCACAAUUCAACAACAGCUGAUAUUCUCUGGACGAAGAAAUUUUACCAUGUCUCCGACUCAACAAGGAGCAUUACCCGGAUCGUUUGGUCCGUAUGGUCCUUAUGGUAUAACUUAUAGAAGAAGGAGGUAUAAGAAACGAAAAAUGACUACAGACGAGGUACAGAAGUUAUUUCCAAUCAAGACGUACGGUGACUGGCUCAAUGGGGGUAAAGAGGAAGAUGAGCGCAACAGAGACGAAACGAUGAUUAUUCAUGAAAACUCAUCUGACACCUCGUCUGUGAUCUUGGAUAAUGAUGAAGAACCUAAUGUUCCAAAUGGAUCGAAUCGGGUCGAAGGCCAAAAUCAGAACCAGGAGAAUUUUUUUCCUAUGAAAAAGGAGAUAGACCUGGGAAUGCCAGACGAGAAAGAUGAACUUCACUUUGAUUCGGGCACAUGCGCCAUCUGCAUUGAUACACUAGAAGAAGACGAACUUGUGAGGGGCUUAAUAUGUGGCCAUGUGUUCCAUGCAGACUGUUUGGAUCCUUGGUUGACUACCAGGCGGGCCUGUUGUCCCAUGUGCAAACGAAAUUACUAUAUGAAGGAUGGUAAUAUCCAGUCAUCUCAAGACGCCGACGAUGAUGAUAAUAACUCAUUAACAAACAAUAAUAUUAAUGACAAUAGUGGACUAGACCCUUACAACAGCCUAUACAUUCCACGUACUGUAGGCUACAGAGGACAGUUAUUACUCUCUGUAAUUGACUAUCUUCGUCAGAGUCAAAGGCUGCAGGACACAGUCCCCGAAUCGCCCAUAGCGAUUCCUGACAAUAACAUUACUGAGCUUAUAGGUUCAUCCCCUCAGGAUACAGCGGCAAAUUUGCCAACAUCCACGAACUCCUCCCCAGAUAACACGCGUGGCAAUGAAGUUCCAGGUGCUGGUAUACCCAAUCCUGCUAACAAUAACAAUGCCCUCAACUACUUGGCCGAUGCUUACAACAACUCAGACUUGUACAAUUUACAAGAGGAGGCAACUAAUAGAACAAAUAAAUGGUGGAAGUUCAUUUUUGUACUAUUCUGGCGUUCCUUGGGAGUGAAGAAACAUGACUUAUAUCUUUACUUUGUUGUUCGAAUUUAUGAAGAACGGAGAAUCGGAAGGCUGGCUGCUGAAGACCAAGCAGCAGGAAGCUCAUCAAACGGGCAAGAAAGAACGGCUACGGAAGGGCCUUUAAAUUCUUCAAAUAAUACUGUCGAUAGGGCCGCCAGGAUAGUUUAG